ACAUAAAGUUAAUUAAGGCCUGUAUCCUUCAACUGGCCAAUUAGUCCAGCGCGGGGUGACGACAUAAUAAAGGACAUGAGGGUUUGUGAAACAAUGAGCAGAACUCAGCAAAAUAACGAGCCCAGUUUUUACACAUCGACCAUAAGCUGUAAGGUGUGCUUGUUAGAUUAGCCGUACCCGCUGUCUGCUACUCUACACCAUCUACAACCUACCAGCCGGCUACAGAGGCUACAGGCUACCAACUACACUACCAGCUGAAUCCUCUAGCUACUCGCUAGUCUAAAUACACGGUAUGGAUGACCCCCAGUACAUCAGCAUGGAACUUUUGACCGUGAGCACCACUCACGCGGCGGACCUGACCUUGACCCCCAACAGCAGCGCCAGCUACAACUCCUCCCAUGAGACCUACAACACCUUCGCCUACAAGAUCAUCAUCCCCGUGGUGUGGGGGCUGAUCAUCUUCAUCGGCGCUGUCGGCAACAUCAUCGUCGUCUUCACCAUGUGCUCUCAUGGCGGCCGCUCAAUGCCCAGGUCCACCACCAACUGUUACAUCAUCAACGUGGCCCUAGCUGACCUCGCCUUCCUGUCAAUAACAGUCCCUAUAACCAUCGCUCAUUACGUGUCUUAUAACUGGGUCUAUGGCGAAAUCAUGUGCAAGUUUCAGAACUAUAUCGCCUAUGUGUCCUUGCUGUCCACCUGCCUUACGCUGACCGCCAUGACCAUCGACCGAUAUUUUGCCAUCGUCCAUCCCAUUCGGUCACUCCACAGUCGAACCCCCCGGGGAGCGGCCAUCAUUUGUAUAGCCAUCUGGUUAGCGUCUGGUGCCGCCUGUUCCCCGUACCUGAUGGUGUUUGGCCUGGAACUCAAGAACUCGCAGACGGUGUGUAUGAGGACGUGGUCCCUGGGGUGGGAGAAGGCCAUGACGGUCAUGGUGGUGCUGGUCACGUACGUGGUGCCGCUCUCCGUCAUCCUGGUCAGCUACACCUUCAUCCUCCGCUUUCUCUGGCAGCACCGCAUCGGGGUCCGCAAGGAACUGGACCAUGACUCUGACUCCACGGAGUCAGUGAUUGGAGUCGGCACGACGAUCGCCAGACGUCGAAAGAAAGUGGCGAAGAUGGUGGCCGUGGUGGUGAUCCUGUUCGCCAUCACUUGGCUGCCCAUCCACCUCUUCAACCUGUGCUACGCCCUCAUCCCCAACUUCCCCCAGAGCCAGCCGCUCUACGACCUCAAGAUCUUCGCCCACACCCUCUCCUAUACCAGCAGCUGCAUCAACCCCUUCGUCUACACCAUCAUGGGCGACGGAUUCCGGAAGGCUUUCAGGGAGUCGCUGUGUGGGUGUCGGGGCGGCUCCCCGUCCUACCACUCCCGACCCAGCUACCCCAGGAGGAGCGGCAGCACCAUCGAGACACGCCUCAACGGUGAGUGACGUGACAGCCUCGACUUCAUCAACUUUAAACCGCCCAAUUCAUGCCGGGUACUGUACUUUAGCUGAGUGAGCUGGACAUUGUUGUGGUGACUCGAUUGGCCAUUGUCAGAUAUCCAACAAACUGUCAGAUAUCAAACUUUCAGAUAUCCAACAAAAUGACCUAUCUGACUAUCUUAAAAAAUAGCAGAUGUCUAUUUACCUAAUGGAGUGUGGAAACUAUUCGCAAACUUGUCAUUCGAACGGAAUCUUCGAGAAAAACAUUUGGUAACGUCACUGUCGUCAACUUGGUGGUGGCGAUGGUUGUGGUGGUGGUUG